UCAAUUCAGUUGUUAAAUUGUUGUUAUUAACGUCAAUUUGAGACUGAAAAAAAAUUAAUCUAAAAAUUAUUAAAUAAUAAAGAACGAUAAACAUAUGUGUUGAUCUAUAAUUAACAACGAUAAAAUGCUAGAACCGUGGAACAACAAAAAUCUUUUACCGCCUCCAGUUCAAACAUGUUUUUGCGCCGAGUAUAUUGAUUCCAGAUAUUUAAAGCAAGCAUGCACUAAUUCAGUAAACAUUCUGUCUAAGCAAUCUCCAUUGCAUAAUGAAAGUGCUUUACUUUCAAGAUUUUUAUAUAAAUAUGAUAAGAAGUUCCGAAAUGAUAUUGGAUAUCGAAUAUUUAAAAAAAUCAAUACCACUCUUCGUAGAUAUUUAAUGUUAAACAUCAUAAGAGACAUUGAAAAUUUUUCAUCAGCUUUGCCUGAUGAAACUGAAACUGAUAAGUACUUGCCUACGCGGCAGAUGUUACAGUAUGUGCUGGUGAGACUAGUGUCAUUCUCCAAACUUAUGUUGAGGAUAUCAGUUUGUUGCAAACAAGCAGCUGUUUUUUAUUUAGAUAGAAUAAAAAGAGGCGAAAGUCACUGGAUGUCAUUAAUGCCUUAUGCAUUACUGAGCAGAAUAUGGUCCCUAAGUAAUGUUUUACUACAGCAUUCUUGCGGUUGGUACGCACAGAUGUACCCCUUUUUAGAAAACCUUCAAUCAAAAGGUUUACCAUUUUUACCAGAUGAUUAUGAACUUCCUGUUAAUUUAGCAGAUUGGUUGGAUUUAAAAAAUCUUGAAAACUAUGGCCGCUUCGAAUGGGCUAACAAAGAAGUUAUCAAUGUUGAUAAAAUAUUAAUUGAAGAUUCUGAAAGUAAUACAAUAGAUAGUUUAAUGAUGUACAUAAAUGAAAUAAAUAAUGACAAUGAACAAAUACAAACAAAUUUACAUGUUUCUGAACCUAUUUGUGAAAGACCUGUACACUCUACUGAGAAAUAUGUGGACAAAGGUGAGGUCAUAUCAAGAGAACACUUUAAAGGUGUGGACAAAGGUGAAGCCAUAUCAAGAGAACACUUUAAAGGUGUGGACAAAGGUGAAGCCAUAUCAAGAGAACACUUUAAAGGUGUGGACAAAGGUGAGGCCAUAUCAAGAGAACACUUUAAAGGUGUGGACAAAGGUGAGGCCAUAUCAAGAGAACACUUUAAAGGUGUGGACAAAGGUGAGGCCAUAACAAGAGAACACUUUAAAGGUGUGGACAAAGGUGAGGCCAUAUCAAGAGAGCACUUUAAAAGCUUCUUUGAGCAACCAGAGAAAAAAGUUAAGGCAAAAAAGGGUGCUUACUAUCAUUCAUUGGACAGAGUAACCAAUACUAGAACCCUAGCAGAGUUUGUAACUAAUGAAGAAACUUAUAGAUAUGAACAGAAUAUAAUGUCAUUAACCAAUAAUUUGACAUUCAUGCAAUGGCAAGCUUUAAAAACAUCACUACUACGGCUAUGUGAAGACAAUCUUAGUAAUAACAGGAAAAUUCAGAGAAAAUUCUUGCAAAUAUGGAAAAAGAAAUGUAUAGAGUGCAGCUAAUAAACAUAACUAGCAAAAUAGACUAUUUUAAGCCAUAAAUUGUAAUAGUUAGUUCUAUUUAUAUAAA